UAAUUCUUUUCUUUUUCACCUAUAAGUGAAAAGACAACCAAUAAUAAUCCUAAUAAUAUUGGUAAUUAUUAAGGAUGUCAAGCCCUUUAUCUCUUCUUCUACAAUGUCUUUCCUCCUUCUUAAUAUUCUGUCAAAUCUUUUAUGCAUCUCAAGCUGAUUUGGGAACAGCAAGCCAAUAUAGCCCACCAUACACACCGAGUGCAUGUUUUGGGAGUGAUUCAACACAAUUUCCAUCAAGCAACUUCUUUGCAGCAGCUAGUGAAGGGAUUUGGGAUGAUGGAGCUGCCUGUGGAAGACAAUAUUUGAUAAGUUGCAUUAGCUCUGUUUUGCCUAAAGCUUGUAAGCCAGGAGAAACUAUACAGAUCAAAAUCAUUGACCGCGCACAAAAUUUAACUUCAACACCAACAAGACAAGGAACCACUAUGGUCCUUUCUAAUGCUGCUCUUGCUGCAAUUGCUGAUUCAAACGCCCCUUCUCUUAACAUCGAUUUUCGACAGGUCUAGAAGAAAAAGAAAAAAAAAGAAGCUAGUAUUAUCGAUGUUGACGCACCGUUUUUGGAUGAUAUUUGGUUGAAGUUGAAAAGGAGCAUCUGGAAGGGGAAAAAAAUAUUCUACUUAGACGUUAAUUUUAUUUCGAAAUUUUGUAAGUAAAUCACCAUUUCACUUGAAAUAGCCCUUAAUUUUUUUAAAAAUUAGAAUUGAGAAGCAAAAUACGAAAAACGAUCAUUUGAUUUGUAAGUAUUAUAUUUCAUUAUUUGCAAAUAAUUAGUGGAUAUGUACCAAAGGCAACAAUAUGUUGAGCUUGGACUUUUUACGUACCUGGGUUAUCAUUUAAUGAAUCGAUUGUAUAUUAAUUAGCAUC